GUGGGAAUGUCCUUGCAAGCUAUGAGUAACAGAGAUCCGAUGGAAUAUGUGAGGGAUGCAGCUGCGAGGAUGGAUGCCGAGUUCACACAAGAAGGGCUUUCGAAACAUGAUAUCAAGAAUAUCAGCCAUCUUAUUGUCCCAGUCUAUUAUCAGACCCAUUUUUACCUGUACUGUUUGGACUUUGAAAAUAAAAGGCUGGGCAUUCUUGAUAACAUGGAUACAGUGUUGAGUGGAAAAGUGCCAAUGAAAAACAAGUAUGGUGGAACUAAAGAUUUCUUGAAAAAGGUCAUUGGAGAGUACAAAAAAACAUACAAGAAACCCUUCAAGAGCGCGUUCAACAAGCUUACCUUUAAACUGGUGAAUAUGCACUGCGCAGAUUCAACAAACACAACGGACUGCGCAAUAUAUGCGAUGCAUCACAUGUCCAAAUAUGUUUGUGUGCAUGCAGAUGGCCAUGAUUGCGCAUUCCCUGUGAUAGGCAGUGAUUCG